AUGUGGUCCUCUAUCCUUGUUAUUCCUCACUUCUACAUCAUUGCGAUAUCGCUCUACGCAUCUGGCACCCAGGCUAGAGAAGAAGAAGAUAUAGUGACUCUGGAUUGUGCCCCUGGAGUGGCAUGUAUCAGUCAUUAUGGAGCCGUGCUGCCUGUGUCAUUUAAUCGAACAGAUGGUGGUGCUUCUUCGACCUACGGUGACACGAAUGCCACUAAUGUUCCGGGGUUCAAUAAAUUGAAUAAUUAUCAUUUCAUCUCAUUUGAUGACGCGUUCCUUCCCCUCAUUGGAGAAAAUGCCACCUACGAGUUCUUCUUUUCAGUGAAGGAGGUCACCCAUGAAGGACCUGUCUGGAUUCCGGACAAGAAGUGGAUCAUCUUCACUGAGAUCAGUCAAUACUGGCAAUAUCGGCUGGAUCUCAGUGGAGAAACACCAGUACUGUCCAAAUUUAACGUAUCUCCCCCAAUUUGGUCACCCGCAGGUGGAUCGUAUCACAAUGGGUUGGUAUACUUCACCUGUCCAGGCGGCGGUGGACAGAAGGCGUCCUUGGUCACCUACAACCCCAGGACCAACGAGGCCAAAACAAUUUUAAACAACUACCGUGGAGUCUCUUUCAACAGCCCAGAUGAUAUCAUCGUCGACCCUAACGGUAAUAUCUGGUGGACAGAUCCCUGGUUCGGCUACCUGGGCGAAUUCAAUCCUUCCCUGCCACAGUUGACAGCCGGGGUGUGGUUCUUCAAUUCUACAUCCGGGUCGAGUAAAUUACUCGAUGGGACCCUAUCGGAGCCAAAUGGAAUUGUGUCUAGUCCAGACUGGUCUACGAUCUAUGUCAGCGAUACGGGCGUCAACUCGGGAAGACCACUGACUUACCAUCCUACCGGGCCUCGAACUUUGUACGCAUAUACUCCGGAUCUGGAGACUGGCUCCCUGACAAAUAAACGCACGUUAUUUAUUAAUGACCAGCGUGACCCGGAUGGACUCAAAGUUGAUACGUUGGGUAACUUGUGGACGGCGUCAGGCAAGGGAGUCGAUGUCAUUGAUCCCUUGGGGAAUUUGCUGGGCAAAGUUCAGACCAAUUUCACCGUAACGAACCUGGUCUUUACGGGUGAGGGGCUUCAGGAUCUAUGGAUGUUUGUGAGUAUCUACUUCCGUCCCGCUAUGAACCUAAUCUAA